GAGCUCUCAUAUAAAGCCCUCUAUGAUUAAUUGCCUUAAAAACAGACAGAAACACAAGAUCAAGGAGCCCCUCCACCUUCUUCUGCCCCUGGGGACUAAAAGAAAUCAAGAACGAAGCUCCACAAGCCCUCCUAGGAAGAUGCAUUUGCGCCUGCUGCUGUUGGCCUUCUUUCUGCCUCCCAAAGCAAGGGCAGAAAAGGAAGGGGAGAUCAUCGGGGGACAUGAGGCCAAGCCCCACUCCCGCCCCUACAUGGCUUAUCUUCAGUUCUUGAGUCAGAAUUCAUUGCGCACUUGUGGUGGCUUCCUGAUACGAGAAGACUUUGUGCUGACGGCUGCUCACUGCUUAGGGAGGCCAAUGAACGUCACCCUGGGGGCACACAACAUUAAGAAGCAGGAGAAGACCCAGCAGGUCAUCCCAGUGAAAAGAACCAUCCCCCACCCAGACUAUGAUGAUCAUUACUUCUACAAUGACAUCAUGUUAUUGCAGCUAGAGAAAAAAGCCAAGUUGAAUCCAGCUGUGAAGCUUAUCAAGCUGCCCAGGGGCAAGGACAAGGUGAAGCCUGGGAAGGUGUGCCUUGUGGCUGGCUGGGGGAGAGUGGCACAAAAUGGCAGAUACUCCAACACACUGCAGGAAGUGGAACUGACAUUGCAGGAGGACCAUGUGUGCAAGAACCACUUCAGCAAUUACAAUAGUAACAUAGAGACAUGUGUGGGGGAUCCAAAGAAGAAAAAUGCUUCUUUUCAGGGGGACUCCGGAGGCCCUCUUGUGUGUAACCAUGUGGCCCAAGGAAUUGUCUCUUAUGGAAAUAAAAAUGGGAAACCUCCCCGUGUCUACACCAAAGUCUCCAGAUUCCUACAAUGGAUAAAGGAAACCAUGAAAAGCCACCAACUGCAGGAGACAGACUAAAGCACCUAUAAGACUAAUCUUCUCUCCAGAAACUGGGUCUAGAAUCACCCUGGAGGAGAUGCUCACAACUGAAUAAAUGUCUCUUAGCCAUGUGGGAA